AAAAGACGAACACAUUUUUUCUUCUGUCGGGUUUUUUUUUCUUUCUUUUUUUAAAUCUGUGGAUACCAUUGCACUUACGGUUCAAGGGACAAUGGUUGAGAGGCUUUUAUGUCAGAUGGCCAGAACAUCUGCCUGCUAGCAGCCGCGGUCGAAUAAACUUUCUUCUUUUUCUAAAGAACCAAUUCAGUUCCGGAGUGGAAUUGAUGACUUUCGUUUCGUUCACCUAACAACGACCUAUUGUGUUUAACACACACUUGAGAUUAUUUAUUUGGAAUUAACUUCGCCUAUCAGCACAAGAAAUCAAAUCAAUGGAAUAAAUAUGGGAGCUGCACUUCUGCACACCUUUGAGCAGCAGUAUGAUGCAGGCAGGAGUCUGUCUGAGACAGGACACUGAGACAACACUACCAGAGCUCACUGAGCAGCACAGGAUCAGACUGAAAGAAGAGGAACUCAGUGGACUGGAGUCUGUCCACAUGGCAGAGUCAGAGACUGACUGUACUACACCAGGACUCAACACACUGGAGCCAGAGUGUGUUACAGCACACAGUGGGGUCAGUGCUGUACACCACACUGACUCACCAUUGAUAAAAACAGAAACUGAUCUGGGUCCCACCAACACUGGGUAUCUUAUUAAGACAGAGAGCCUAGACUUUACAGAGCUUGCAUAUAGAAACCAUCUGCACCCUGACCAAAUCAAAACAGAAACUGAUCUGGGUCCCACCAACACUGGGGAUCUUAUUAAGACAGAGAACCUAGACUUCACAGAGCUGGCAUAUAGAAUCCAUCUGCAUUCUGACCAAAUGAAAACAGAGACUGAUGAUGGAGGCUACAUUAAGGCCGAACACAUCAGUGUCCUGCAGGACAUUAAAUGUGAUGACAUUAAAUCUGAUAAAGUGAAGUGUGAACCCAGUGAAAUGUUAGUGAGUGAUCUCAUGAACACUGUGCUUAAUGGAGCUGGUGGUGUUCACAAAGACCAGACUGAACCAUGGCAGUGUGCAGGAGAGCCAAAUCCACACUGCAGGAAACCAGGGAAAGAACAGGACCGUUCCAUCCAGCAUGUUAGAUGCCUUAAUGAGCCAUCAGAGUUAAUCCAAGACAAGGGAAGCCAUACUGGUGAAAAGCCCCACCAAUGCUCUCAGUGUGGGAAGCGUUUUCCUCAUGAAUCUAAUUUACAUAGGCACCAGAGAAUUCAUUCAGGUGAAAAACCUUACAAAUGUGAUCAGUGUGGUAAGUGUUUUUUAUCUAAAUCUUAUUUAAGCCAACAUCAGAGAAUCCAUACUGGUGAAAAACCUUACAGAUGUGAUCAGUGUGGGAAGUGUUUUUUAUCUAAAUCUUAUUUAAGCCAACAUCAGAGAAUCCAUACUGGUGAAAAGCCCUACACAUGUACUGAGUGUGGGAAGUGUUUUUCAUCUAAAUCUUAUUUAAGCCAACAUCAGAGAAUCCAUACUGGUGAAAAGCCCUACACAUGUACUGAGUGUGAGAAGUGUUUUUCAUACGAAUCAAGUUUCAGAAAACAUCAGAGAAUCCAUACUGGUGAAAUGCCCUACACAUGUACUCAGUGUGGGAAGUGUUACUUCUCGAAAACUAAUUUAACCAGACAUCAGAUAAUUCAUACUGGUGAAAAGUCCUUCAAAUGUACGCACUGUGGGAAGUGUUACUUCACGAAAACUCAUUUAACCAGACAUCAGAGAAUUCAUACUGGUGAAAAGUCCUUCAAAUGUACGCACUGUGGGAAGUGUUACUUCACGAAAAAUCAUUUAACCAGACAUCAGAGAAUUCAUACUGGUGAAAAACCUUACAAAUGUGAUCAGUGUGGCAAGUGUUUUUCUUGUAAAUCUAUUUUAAGCCAACAUCAGAUAAUUCAUACUGGUGAAAAGCCCUACAAAUGUACGCAAUGUGGGAAGUGUUUUUCAGAUAAAUCAAGUUCCAGAAAACAUCAGAGAAUCCAUACUGGUGAAAAGUCCUUCAAAUGUACGCAGUGUGGGAAGUGUUACUUCACGAAAACUCAUUUAACCAGACAUCAGAGAAUUCAUACUGGUGAAAAACCUUACAAAUGUGAUCAGUGUGGCAAGUGUUUUUCUUGUAAAUCUAUUUUAAGCCAACAUCAGAUAAUUCAUACUGGUGAAAAGCCCUACAAAUGUACGCAAUGUGUGAAGUGUUUUUCAGAUAAAUCAAGUGUCAGAAAACAUCAAAGAAUCCAUACUGGUGAAAAGCCCUACAAAUGUAAGUAGUGUGGGAAGUGUUUUUCAGCUAAAUCUUAUUCAAGCCUCCAUCAGAAAAUUCAUACAGGUGAAAAGUCUUACAUGUGUACUAAGUGUGGGAAGUGUUUAAUUUAAGGAGGCACAGGAAAAUUCAUACAGGUGAAAACACCUUCAGUGUGAGAAGAUUUGGACAGGUAAACAGUCUAAUUUGGAAGAUUUAAGGAAACUCUGGGCAGUUUAUGCAGAUGAAAAUCCCUUUGCACAUUCCUGCCCCUUCAAUUAUCACCUGAUACAAACAGAAUGAAAUUGUACAAUUCAGACUUUAAAACUAACAUUUUCAGAAGGAAAAUUAUUUUCCGCAAAGCCUCGGAUGAAUGCUCCUGAGCUACUACAAGACUGGCUCUCCUGCCUAUCAUAUAGGAAAGCUCCACUGUAAUGAAGUGUAUUAUGCCCUGCAACUUUGAUCACAAACCUUUCUUGUUUUCUAGUCAAUCUAGAACCAAUAUUGAUAGUGAAAUUGAUAGCUGCCACCUUUUAGUAUUUCCUGCCCAGAGAUGAUGGAUGAAAAUUUACUGGAGCCAAUUCUGGUACCGUUGAGUGGCUGAACUGUCCUUGUCAAAUAAACUAUGUUUUGGACAGCUCGCUGACUGGGACAAACUGGGGUUGCAUUUUUAUUGAGUACCAAAUCUUUUGGACUGUCAUAUAUGAUUUUAUUGUUUAAUAAAUUUCAUAUUUGUAUCAAUGAAAUGGCUUCAAUGAUGGAAAUGACAGAAAUGUAUUUGUUUGGAAAAAAUUUUUGGACAGCUGUUUGGAUAUGAAAAUAAACAUGGUAACUAAAAGAAA